AUGAAAAUCCCCGGUGAAAUUGGAGAUGAUUACGUCGCGGCGAAUCUCCCUACUGGUGACGGGUUUUUGUAUUGGCUCCAAUCAGAAUCUCUGUUAUCUUUUGAUCUUAACAAGGAGAAGUUUCGAUUGAUUAAUCUUCCGGAUGAUCUCAUCCGUCUAACUAAUGGUCGUCUUGGGCGAUGGAAUCUCGCUGAAUCCAUGGGAUGCCUGGUUCUUUGGCUUCCUCCUCAGAAACUUGAUCAUACACAUCCUGAAAAAUUUACACUCUUUGUAUUAGAAGAUGAUCAGGGGAAGAAAUGGAAUAAACGUUGUAUACAACUGCCCCAACAACUUGUUGGAGAUUCCGCCAACCUUAUUGUUGUAGUUGGGAAACUUCCUACUGUAUGGGAGAUCAGGUCCGCCAUGUCUCCAGGCCUGUUGGGUGAUCAUCGCACAAAUAAGUUUGAUAGGUUUUUGAUCGGAAAGCUCCCGCCGUGUCCUGGAGGAGGGCCUUCUCUGUUGGGUGAUUUUUACAGUAAUCCUUAUAUUGAUGCUGAUGAUGGUGCUAACAUCAAGGGGAGGUUUCACAGAAGCUGUCAUGAUUCCAUAUUGUGUCUGCUUGACAAUAAUAAUCUGUAUUUGUCAUUAGAUGAUGUGCUAAGUGGUGGAGUUUGA